AUGUCUCUAAGCGAGUUCUACGCCGAUGAAAGUCUAGGGGGAUCCUGGGCCGACGAUGACAUAGAUAUCAAUUCGAUCGCCGUAUCACUCCACAAACCAGAGCCGUCCAAUUAUUUCAAUCGCAGCGACCAAGGCUCCUUCGGUCGUGGCAAUGGGCACGGUUCAUAUUCGUCGAGCAUGGGUGGAUAUCAUAUGUUCAAUGGCCGUGGAGGGAGAAACGAUGCGAUGCUCCGCAACUUGAAACCUCCCUUUAUUGCAAAGCUCACUAAUCUUCCCGAAAGAGCUACCGGUAAGCUUGUAUCGGACUUGUUCGGAUCCAGAUUUACUCCUUUUGAAAAAUGCAAGGUGCUGAAGGACCCCCACCCACCUGCUCCACGAUUUAAUAUCUCUUCAUCUGGCAACGUGGAACGCAAAUGUGCGUAUGUCCAGCUACCUAGCGUACGCGAAUUACAGAAAGUGCUAAAGUGGAACGACGUGUUCAUUGACAGACUGAGAAUCAAUGUGGAUGUGGCUGAUUUCCAGGAUUUUGCGGACGUGCAAAAAUACAACAAAGAGAUUGGCUACGACGACGAGGAAGAGGAGAAAAGACAGGCACACACUGAAAAGGCCCCAAUCGAAAAACGCAAGAUAGCUACACGGCCAGUGAAUGGCCAAGAAGCGGCUCCUAUUGGGUCACCGUCUCCUGUCUCGUCAGCAGGACAAUCAAAGCCCAAGCCUAAUCCUUUCGGAAAUGCAAAACCUGUGGACACAGCCAGCAAGCUUCUGGCACUGGAGAAUCAAGAGAAGACACUGGCUUCGGCCAAACCAGUCUCACAGCCAAAAUCAAAUCCAUUUGGUGCUGCCAAGCCCGUUGACGUUCUUUCCAAGCAGCUAGAAAUUGAGAAGAAAUUACAGGAUCUAGCCAUCAACAGCACAACGUUCAAGACGAUAGCCGGUGCUGAGAAGGACCAAGAAAAAGAAAGAUCGUCGUCUCCUAAGAAGAGGCACCAGCCGCGGUCACAAGAAAGUGGGAAUAGGAUAGCGACCGGUAAGGGCUCCAGGCCGGACAGCAGAGCUCGUGAGAAGAAACAGUCACGAAAGGAAGAGAGAAAAGAACGGGGUUCAAAGGAAGUUACUAAUGCUGAGAGAGAGGACAAGGAAGGUGGAGAGUCACCUUCGACACAGAAGGAGCAGGAGUCUGGAGAUGACGAGACUGUACCAGCGGAAGACCAGAAGCAUAGCGGAAGUGGAUCACAGAUUCCCACUGAGGACGAAAAAGCGGAUAAAACCGAAAACGAAGAUCUUGUCAAAAGCAGACCAAGGUCCAGAAAAGGGUCCAAGUCUAAGGACGCUAAAAAGAAUCAAAACGAAGCCAAGUCUGUGGAAACCACGGUCGAGCAGAGAGAAUCUUCAAAAGACAGCUCAGAGGGCAGUUCUUCCGAGUCAAAAGAGAAAUCCAGCACACUUCGCGAAAGAAGGCCAAAAGAAGCUUCCCAUAGGAAUUCCCAUAACACGCGGUACGUGCGCGAUGGCGAGCCGCCUAUCCGUGGUAGAGGCAGAAGCAGAGGCCGUGGUGGCCGUGCCGUGACUUUCCGGCCAAAGGAGGGAACUACGCCAGCAGAGAACUGGGAAAGAGGCGACAAGCUUAAAGAGCAGAGCAAGGAUCAAAACGCCACGGAAAAGCCUCUGAAUCAAAAUGAAAAUGAAACCAGUAAGUCUCUCGAGGAUGGCUCGCAACCAGAAGCCGAGAAAACAUCCAGACCAGUUCGCAGAGGACGUUUUGGCGGACGAGGACGUGGACGCUUUGCAACGCACCAGUACACCAGUCUAAAAUAUGUCAAACCGGGACUUGCACGCAACGGGGAGCCGUUGAAGCAGGAUGAGAAGGAGACUUAG